CGCACGAAUGUGUUCCAUCAAGAGCGAAAGCCUCUCUUGGAGCAAGGUUCAAGGUUCCCGUCGACGUUGACCAGCACAACUGAUGAGAGAGAGCAAACAAACUAGCUGCUACAGGUAGAAGAACGUAACAGCGAGUGCAGGCUAGGGGCCAGAUCAUCUUUGAUUACCUUUGGCUUCUGGUGGUGGCCUGCCGACUCGACUCAUCACUCCGUUUGAUAUUGAUGGUUCGAUAAGGCGACCCUUGAUCUGCGACAGAAAAGCGCUUUCACCCCAAAAAGAGACUGACGAAAACAAGAUGCAAGCCCUUCCACUGGCCAAACGGGCCAAGCGCCCGACUCAUCAGAGCUCGGCUGCCUUAGCUCAACUUGCGACUUCUGAUGGCACCGGCAAUUUUGACGUCCAAUACAUGCCCCUCGACAAAAUUAAGAAGCGAGUGCUUCAUCCCUCCUCGGUUCACUACAGCUUGCCGUCGUCCUGUUGGAUCGCAACCAUCUACCGUCACUCCGACAGUCACAGCGAUCUGAACAGACCUCGGUACUCUCAAUUCGAGUUUGCCUCAGAGGCAGAAGCCAAACAGUUCUGCAAAACAUACAGCCCUCCGAAAAUGGACGAACCACGCGACGGCUGUUUCAUUUGCAACGACACAUUCAGUGCCAAACAACGCCCAUACAAUUGCCGAAAUUGUGGUGUUUGUGUCUGUGACAAAUGCAGCCCUCGGUGGAUCAAACGGGGCGUUCCGAAGACUUACUUAAAAGGAGAUUACCAGGCACAAACCGUCCGACUGUGCACCAGCUGCAUUUGGCUGAGCAAUGCCUUCUGUUUUGCCUUGCUCAAGGGACGCUACCAUGACGCCACACAAAUCUACGAGAGUGGCAAUGUCAAUCUGCGCACUUGCUUUGCAGACAUUAGAGGAGAAUCCUUGUUUCCAGUACAUGCCUGUACGUUAGGCGGGAACUUGGAGCUGCUCAAAUGGCUAGUGGACAAAAAGCUAUGUCCCAUUUCGGUCAAGAGAGAUCCAAAAUCUGACAGCAUGCUCUCUGUCAAAACAUCGUCAGACAGGACUUUGAUUGAUCUGGCCAUGACAGGCAAACCCAAACUAGAUAUUCUGAUGUACCUGGUGCACAAAGGCAUUUCCAUUCUAGAUCUGCAUGACCCAAGCUUGUCGGCUCGAACACUAGAGGCACUUUUGAAGUCGGGGUUCGUCCCUGGUGGACCCGAGUCUGCCAUUAUGAACAAGGUCUUGGCAACCGUAGAAACCAGUGAAAGUUCCGUGGCCACCGUCGAGAAUGCGUGCACUCUUUGUUGUGAACGAGGAAUGGACUGCGUUUUGCAGCCUUGCGGACACCAGCUUUGCUGUGCCGAGUGCGGUGGAAGGCUUGCUGUGUGUCCAUUUUGCAAGAAGAAAUGCACUGUUCUGCGAAUAAUCAAAUGCUAAAGCCAAGACGGACGAGAAACCAGAGAGACAAGACAGCCGUUCUUGCUCCCAUCCAUUUAUAUUCAUUCCAUUCUUUGUGGAGCGUGUGCCCAGUUUGGCGCUCGGACAGCACACAUGCCAAGGAAACCCAGCUACUCAUCACCAUCCACACUUUGAAGUUUUCUGGCCACCACAGAAGUAGAACCACCGCAGCUACGAGCAGCUAGCCGAGCACGAAAUUUUGCUGGCUAGAGAGUUUGGCUAAGAAUUUAGAACUAGUUUACAAAACUGUGAAAAGUAAAAAGCUGUGUAGUCCGUUAAGGCCUAAACACUCUCAUAAAUGAGCAUCCAACCGCGCACACAGGA